UUUUUAUUUUUGGUCCAUCUACCGAUGAAGUGUCUGACGAGAACACCUUUCUUACCUGUUAUUGUUAUUUUUUUUGUUUUUACUUAUCUUUAGUAAACCUUAGUUUUAGACGAAAAUGCAUCGAAUUUAUAUCUUUUUGCGUUUACCGUUCUCAACACUUCCAUCACUAGUAACAUCAUUCCAUUUACGAUUAUCUUUCUCCUUCUUCUUUCUUCACUGCCUUUCUUCUGGACUAUCUUUUGCUCUUAAUUGUAAUUCUUCCAACAACAAUGCUAGUAGUGAUAGCAUGUACACUCCUUUCCUUUGGAAAGUUACCGGUAAUGGAUUGAAUAAACCUGCUUACCUAUUUGGUACGCUACAUGUUGCGUAUACGCGAGUUUGGGAUUAUAUCCCUCCUAUUGUGAAACACAAAUUUCGUGAAAGUGAUAAUGUCUUUUUUGAACUCGACCUACUCGAACCCAGUGUAUCAAAUGGAAUGGAUGAUUGUAAAUAUUUACCACAUGGACAACAGUUAUCAAGUAUUUUACCUCGUGAUCUCUAUUUAAGAUUAGUUGAUCAUUUAAAACAUGUUCGUUUCAUGAUGCCUAAAUGGAUAUUGCCAAAAAAUCGUCAUUCCCGUGACGAGGCAUCUAGUUUGUUUCGCGCUAAAACUUCUCAAUGGAAAAGAAAACACGCCAUUUGGACAUUAUUAAUGAUUGAUUCCUUGACAGAAUCACAGAUUCGAUCUCAUGGUACACCAACUCUUGACUAUUAUCUUGCGCAAGAAGCUCAAAGGAUGGGUAAAAAAACUGGAGCAGUGGAAAACGUUGAAGACCAAUGUGAACCUUUGAAUAAUCUUAAUCUGUCUCAUGUUAUAUUUGCUCUUAAUAUGUCACUUUUCAAUCAUGAAAACAUUCGCCGUGGUUUGGUUCUUGAAACUCAAAGGUACGAGGCUUUACUCGAAAAGUACAAGUGUGGUAACAUCGAUAUGCUUAUGUCUCAAGAACAAAUGCCAUCUAAAGAUGACGCAUUAAUGUCUGGACAAAUUGAGGAAUAUUUUCGAGAAAAGUUCAUAAAAAACCGAAAUCCCAAAAUGGUCAAAAGGAUCAUGUCACUACUUAAAGAACAUCCCAGUGAAGCUUACUUUUUUGCUUUUGGUGUCGCUCAUUUUAUCGGGAAUGGUUCAAUAAUUGACCUGUUGAAAGCUCACGGAUACCAAAUUGAACGAGUUAAUAAUUCUAGGAUUUCAAGUAUACAUGAAAAUCGCCAUCAAAUCAGAAGUCGUGUGAAUCUACUUCGUAGAGAUGAAACUUUAAUUACUCGAAUGGAACCAAUCUCACGUCUGGACAGCUAUAAAAUAAUUGUCCGUAAUGAAGAGGAACCUACAGUAGAACAGACAAAUCCUUUGAUUAAUUGGCUUAUGCUGGCGUGUUUAUUUAUUAUGUGUAUAUUUGUGAUACUUCAAGCUAGACGUUGAAACAAAAAGGAUAAAUAGCUUUUGAGUCAUAUUACCUGUACAUAAACUUAAAAAGAAACAGUCAUUUAUGUAAAUAGACAUUGUAAAUGUGUAAUGUAAUUUGUUUAUAAUUUGAUAACCUUUUUUAAUUUUGAUUGUUUUUAAUUGUCUUUUGAUUUCAAAUGAAAAAUGCUUAUGUUUUUAACUCUUAUUUUCAACUUUAAUGAUAACAUAAAAUCACUUAAAUACAA